UCACUUCCACCCUGCUCCCCAUAUAACACACUAACGUCGUUGACUUCCUCCUCCGUCCAUCCAUUUGCGCCCAUCAGUAAUCACAAGCUUACACUUGCUCCAUCCAUUCAGAAAGCUAGCGAGCUAGCUAGCUAGCUCGGACGUUCCGCCGGAGUAGUCGUACAAUAUGUUGAGGCCACCGCACCGACUCGUGAGCCACCGCCGGCUGCUGGGCACGUCAGCGUCCGCGCCGCUGGCGGGCGACGAGGCAGCUGCGGCGCAUGGCUCCAGCCCGAACUCGGUGAAGAUCAUGGUGUCCGUUCUGGUGGUGGUCAUCUUCUGCACGCUCCUCUACUGCGUCUACUGCUGGCGCUGGCGGAAGCGCAACGCCGUCAGGAGAACGCAGAACGAGAACAUGACGCCGCUGUCUAGGUCGAUCUCGGAGCUGCCGCUCAUGGACCUGGCCUCCAUCGACGCCGCCACCGGCAACUUCGCCAGGGCCAACAAGCUCGGCGAGGGCGGCUUCGGCCCGGUAUACAGAGGCGUCAUGGCGUGCGGCGCGGAGAUCGCGGUGAAGCGGCUGUCGGCGCGGUCGCGGCAGGGCGCGGCGGAGUUCCGGAACGAGGUGGAGCUGAUCGCCAAGCUGCAGCACCGCAACCUGGUGCGGCUGCUGGGCUGGUGCGCCGAGCGCGACGAGAAGCUGCUCGUCUACGAGUACUUGCCCAACGGCAGCCUCGACGCCUUCCUCUUUGACACCAGCAAGAGCGCCGAGCUAGACUGGAAUAGCAGGCACAACAUCAUCAUCGGCAUUGCCCAUGGGUUGCUCUACCUCCAUGAGGACUCACUGCUCAAGGUCAUUCACCGAGACCUCAAGCCAAGUAAUGUUCUCCUCGACAACAAGAUGAACCCCAAGAUCUCCGACUUUGGCUUGGCUAGGAUCUUCAAGGACGAAUGCAAUGGUGUCAACACGGGACACAUCGUCGGGACCUAUGGGUACAUGGCACCGGAAUUUGUGAUGGAUAGUGUCUUCUCAGCAAAAUCAGAUGUUUUUGGCUUUGGAGUCCUCCUACUAGAGAUCUUGAGUGGACAACGGAAUGGCAUGUCAUACCUUGAGGAGCACCGACAAUCCCUCAUCCAAGAUGCAUGGAAGUUCUGGAUUGAAGAUCGGGCAAAUGAAUUUAUUGACCGUGCACUUGGGCAAUCUUACUCAAGGGACGAGGCAUGGCGUUGCUUCCAAGUCGGCCUCCUCUGCGUGCAAGAUGACCCCGACAUUCGACCAACCAUGUCAAAUGUCCUUCUAAUGCUCGUCAGUGAACAAAUGAGCCUGCCAGCACCAUCUAGGCCGGUGAGAAACGUCCCAUUGUUAGCGCCAUCAGCCAUGUUAAGGAGUGAACCGUUGGUUUCUCAUAAGUCGAUCAACUAUGCCUCGAUAACUGCUAUCCAGCCGCGAUGAUCUUGUUAUUAGGAUUUUCAUGUACAUAUUUAUUACGAGUCGACUUGAUUAGUAUUUAUUUUACCAUAUUCGAUUAUGAUCAUAUCUUGGACUGAAAUGUAGUGCAAAUGUAAAUCACUACAUACAUUUUUGUACUAUAAAUGUGCAUAUUAA